UUCUUUUGACUGUUUCAUGUGAGAAAAAAAAAAAAGUAAUCUAGAAAUGCCAGUUACAGAUUAUCAAGGAGCAUCUGCAUCUUUCACAAACUUUGGGAGAUCUCUUUUGAGUAUGCGCCGAGAUCAAGUGCAUUCCAUGGAAGCUGCUCAUCAGGCGACUAGCCAAGAGAUAGAACUUGAAGCUUUUCAGAAGCAAGUGGCUGAACGUUUUAAUGAAUUAUCUUCUGUUGAUUCUGAUCAAUUGCUUUCGGUUCCAUGGAUCCGUAAGCUGUUGGAUGUGUUCCUCUGUUGCCAGGAACAAUUCAGGUCUAUUUUAUUCAACAACGCUGCUAAUUUGAACAAACCUCCGAUGGACAGAUACGUUACUGAAUAUUUCGAUAGGAGUGUGAAGGGGUUGGAUGUUUGUAACGCGAUAAGGGAUGGAAUUGAGCAGAUAAAACAGUGGCAGAAGCAGUUGGAGAUUGUUCUGUGUGCAUUGGAAAAUCAGAGGUGUGUUGGUGAAGGUCAAUUUCGUCGUGCCAAGAAGGCUUUGAUUGAUUUCGCAAUUGGUAUGCUUGAUGAUAAGGAGUCUAAUACAUCUGUUGCCCAUAGAAACAGGUCAUUUGGGAGAAACAAUACUCAGAAUGAUCAUAAGUCUUUAGGGCAUUUUAGAUCGUUGUCAUGGAGUGUUUCUAGGAAUUGGUCUGCUGCUAGGCAGCUCCAAGCAAUUGGUAACAACUUAGUUGCUCCCAAAAAUAAUGAAAAUAUUGCUACCAAUGGAUUAGCUUUGGCUGUUUUCACAAUGAGUUAUGUGUUAUACUUUGUAAUGUGGGCACUUGUGGCUGCAAUACCAUGCCAGGACCGUGGCCUGCAGACACAUUUUUAUGUGACUAGGCAAUUCGUUUGGGCUGUCCCAAUCCUAUCCCUCCACGAAAGGAUUUUGGAGGAAUCGAAGAAGAGGGAUCGUAGAAAUGCUUGUGGAUUGUUGAAGGAGAUUAAUGAGAUGGAGAAAUGCGCUCACCACAUGAAUGAAUUGAUCGAUACUGUUCAUUUCCCAAUCACAGAGGAAAAAGAUGGAGAAGUGAAGCUAAGAGUUCAUGAACUUGGGCUUGUUUAUGAUGGUCUAAAGAAUGGAUUAGACCCUUUAGAGCGCCAGGUUAGGGAAGUAUUCCAUAGAAUCGUUCGGAGCAGGACUGAAGGCCUCGACUCUAUAGGACGAGGGAAUCAUGAGUGAAACAACAUGUUGCAUUGUUGGGAAGCCAUAUAUUUAGAACAUGAGGUUAAUAUGAUAUAUAGAUUUUCCCCUUUUGUUCUUUUCUUUUUUGGACCUUUUUUUUAGAUGAGAAGAUGACGGAGAAUGGUUAAUGGUGCCAGAAAAAUAAGUAGUUUAAAGAGGUAAAAAUCAUGUAUUUUCACCUCAUAUUUGUAAAGAAAUUAGGAAAAGAUGUGGAUCUUUGAUCCAUUUUUGGUGAUAUUCAUCUUGUUUGGGAUUGUAUAAUCACUUAUGACUUAAGUUUGCUUUUUAACUCUUCAACUGAGUUUCCUUUUUCAGUUUCUUUUAGUUGUUGUUGCUUGCAAUCUUGG